ACCUAGGAAUAGGGUUCAUGUCACAGCGGCAUGGGCAUGCCAGAUUGGGCAUGCCAGACUGGACAUGCCCUAGGGCCCUAGGCAUGCCUUUUGUCCAUUUGGCAUGCUUUUUUACUAAUUUUUUAUAUAAAUAAUAAAAUUUAUAUAAAUAUUAUAUCUUAUAAAUAUUGAAAAUUUUAAAUAUAGUCCAACUUCAUAGUUAAAUAUUAGAUAAACUACUAAUAUAAGUUAGUUAGUAUUGUACUAAGUUCGGUUCUUAAUAUUUACUAACUUUUGUUAUAUUUGUAAGUGCACUUUAGUAUCAAUCCUGUAAUGAUGCAGCAGUUUUUACUAUAUUUAAUAGAAAAUGGCAUGCCAUUUGGGCAUGCCUUUUUGUAAAAUACAUGCCUAUAGACAUGCCAGUGAGAACUGCCGUGACAUGUACCCUACCUAGGAAACGAACUCUGGCUUCCUCUUUCUCACUUUAUUCCUCAGUCAUCUCAUACAUCAUUGCAUUGUUCUUCCAUUUUUUCCACGCGAAUCAUAAGCAAGGAUGAUGAUUCAUGACGCUUAUUCACUUCUGAUGAUUCAUGGCGCUCAUAAAGUGUUCGCUGAUUUGCCCAAAAGAAAAGAAUGGGUAAUUUGUCAAUUUUUUAUCUUUCCUUAUGUAUGGUUACAUUUUGGUUAUUAAUUUUUUGCUUAUUAGAGAUUUUGUGAAGGAUGGUGUUGGCAAUGGAAAUCUCUGUGCGAUGAGAGGAGUUAAUAUAAUUUUGUUUAUAACCUAUCUAAUAAAUUUAGCUAUUUAUUGCAGUUGAACUUCAUCCGGAAACAAUUUGAUGAUUUGUUCAAGAGAACAAGAUCAAUAAAUAUAUGCUUCUACUUUUAUGUUUUGGGUAUCUUAGUUUUUAAUGAUUGAUUCAUGGAGUUUGGCUUUUUUAUGAUGGUUGUUACAUAAGGUGGGAUAGCUCCGAAUUCAGAGGCACCAACCAGCUCAGAAUUCUCUUCCGACAGCUUAACAUGUUCCGAUCAAGACACUUCUCAUUGAUGGCAAUUGCAGGAUGGAGGACCGUGGAUUGGAAACUCAUAAUGGACAAGGUUGCCAUGUGUUUCAGAGCUAGCAGCUAAGGGUGACUUUGCCGGAUGGGACAGUAAAGGAGGGGAAGAAAUGGAUGUCGACUCCCUUUGAUAUUGCAACGGGGAUAUCAAAGAGUUUGGGAUCAAAUUCUUUAAUUUCACAAGUGAAUGGAGUUUUAUGGGAUAUGUCUAGGCCACUUGAAGGUGAAACUAUGUAUUUUAUCAAUUUGGAUGUUGCGGUCUCUUGAGAUGACUUAUGGAUGCAAACUGUGUAUUGGGCCAUGUACCACAAGAGGAGAGCUCAAAACUCUGGGUCUUUUUCCAACCCAUGCAUCAGACUGGGUGUCAUCUUUACCUCCUGCCCAGGCAGGGUUUUGAUUUUGUUCUAUGGCUUGCUCUGAAUUUCUUCGUCUUCUACUAUGAGAUAAUGAAUUCCCGUGAGAGGGCUUGCCAUUUAGCUAAACAAACUUUAGAUGAGGCAAUUGCAGAGCUCGAGACUUUGAGCGAAGAGUCCUACAAGGACAACACCGCAAUGGACACAUGCACUACUCAUUUAGUAGUAGAUUCUGAUCGGUUCUAUGUGAUCUCUACUCAUUUAGGAGCAACCAAACACAUGGACUCCAAUGGACAUGGUUCUGCAUUGGAUCCAGGCAAUAUGUGAAAAUUACAACUACAAGGUUGAUCACUUUGCUUCAAUUGUUGAUGGAAGAGCCAUGUGGUGCUUGCUGGAUUAUUACUUUCACAGUGAUAAUCAUAUGGCAUGUUCGUUCAAGAUUAGUAAGGAUAUGUACGAGGAAGACAAUUGAACUGUUGUAGAAACAUCAAUAAUGUCCACAGCUAACUACACAGAUGCAGUGCACAAUUUUUUGAUGUCGCAGAAAUUGAAAACAUUAGUGGGGAAGUUCCAAGAGAGAAAUCUCAACUUGAAGGUGGAUGUUUAUCUGAUGAUGGUGUUUUGGAAUCUGAUGAUGAAAAUGGUAAAUGCUUAAUUAUCAUUUCAAAGUUUCUUAUUAUGAAAAAAUACUCUAAAACUUGGACACUAAGUUAUGUAUGAUAUUUUUUUAAGAAGAUGAUUCUCCAGGCCCAUAUUUUCAAGAUGAUAGCGACUGUGAUUCUGAAAUUGGUAUUUGAAUUUAUUCUUAAAAAAUUUAAAUUACAAUUCAGAGAUUUAUUCUAAGUUGGUGAAUUUUACAUUUUCCAGGUGAUGAUACUAAUGCUCAGCCUCAAUUGCAGAUUACUGUGUUCAGAUUCUGUAAUUUUGCUGUGACCACAGGAUAUGUGAAUUCUUUUUGUUAAGCUAACUCUGUAAGACACUUUUAUUAACAGAUCAAUUCUGUAAGGCACUUUUAUUAACUAUGUAUCAGCUUCAUAACAUCUUUGUAUUUUAAAUGAACAAGACAACAGCGUGCUGUGCUUUGAACUCCAAAAAAUUUUUAUCAGUAAACAAAGUAGAACAUGUAAA